AUGGUUUCCAUGCCAUUGCUCAAGGUCUUCGAAGAUCACCAUUUCGACCCUUGGGUGAACCCCUGUAAAUCCUGCCCUGCUCUCUUGAUGCCGUCGGUCUCCUUGGAAGUGUGCUGGGAGAGGGACGUAACGAAAGGAUUCACUCAAUCAUCUGACGUAAUGGCUCAACAGCGGGUUCACUCUGCGGAGAGGCCAUUCACCUGCUCAGAAUGUGCGAAACGAUUCACUCGGUCAUCCGACCUACAGAGACAUCAUCGAAUUCACACCGGGGAGAAGCCGUUCAACUGCUCAGUCUGUGGGAAGGGAUUCACUCAGUCAUCCAACCUACAGAGUCAUCAGCGAGUUCACACCGGGGAGAAGCCGUUCCCCUGUUCAGACUGCGGGAAGGGAUUCGCUCACUUAUCCAACCUACGGAGUCACUUGCGAAUACAUCAGCGAGUUCACACCGGGGACAAGCCAUUCACCUGUUCAGAAUGUGGGGAGGGAUUCACUCACCUAUCCAACCUACAGAGAUACCAGCGAGUUCACACUGGGGAGAAGUCGUUCAACUGCUCAGACUGUGGGAAAGGAUUCAGUCAGUCAUCCACCCUACAGAGACACCAGCGAGUUCACACUGGGGAGAAGCCGUUCACCUGCUCAGAAUGUGGGAAGCGAUUCACUCACCUAUCCACCCUACGGAGUCAUCAGCGAGUUCACACUGGGAAGAAGCCAUUCACUUGCUCAGUCUGUGGGAACGGAUUCACUCAGUCUUCCCACCUACGGAGUCAUCAGCGAUUUCACAGCGGGGAGAAGCCAUUCACCUGUUCAGAAUGUGGGAAGAGAUUCGCUCACUUAGCCAACCUACGGAGGCACUCGCGAGCUCACACCUGGGAGAAGCCGUUCAACUGCUCAGUCUGUGGGAACGGAUUCACUCAGUCAUCCAUCCUACGGAGACACCAGCGAGUUCACACU